ACUCCAAAAAAUGAGUCGCAAGUCGCAACAGCUGAUUUAUUUACUGUUCAAUCAACACAGUGUUUUUUUUUUAUAGGCUCAAAAUUGUGUGGAGCAAGAGUCAGAGAGAGACAAAAAAAUAUUCACUCAUUAACAAUAAUAAUAAUAAUAAUAAUAAUAGAUAAAAAAAAUAAACAAACAAAAUAUAUAUUUUGACACCUUUGAAUUUUUUUUAAAUAUAAUAAUAUACAAAUAGAUAAAAAAAAAGUAGAAAAUUAAUUAGAUGAUAAUUAAAAAAUGAAGCUUCAAUGUCGAUGAUGCUGCUGAUGGUGGUUGGUGGUGUAGAGUUUAAACUUACGUAUGUAGAAAUAUUAAUAAUAAUAAUAAUAAAAAAUAAGCUGCGUGGUGUUGACGUGUAAGAUUGUCUUGUUUGUUGAAUAAAAAAAAAAGAAGAAAAUUGUUUAAAAUAUUACAUAUAUUAUGGUAGAAAUGGCUGGAAAAAAUAGCAAAGAUAAUGCAACAGAGAUAAUUAAGGUAAACAAGUGGGAUGGAGCAGCAGUUAAAAAUGCUCUUGAUGAUGUUGUCAAAGAUGUUUUAACAAGAAAAUAUAAUUAUAUUGAAAAUUUUGGAUUACUUGAUAUGCGAUUGGCAAUAUGUGGUGUUGCUGUUGGUGUUUCAAGUAUUGCACUUGUUUGGGAUUUUCUUAAUCCAUUCCCGGCAUCAAGAAAUGUUUUAGUAAUAUGUGUUUCAAUGUAUUUUGUUUUGAUGGCUAUUUUAAAUGUUUACACAACAUAUAAAGAAAAAGGAAUAUUUGUUGUUGCAACACAAAGAGAUCCAGCUGGUUAUGAUCCAGAUUAUAUUUGGGAAGCAAGUUCAUAUCUCAAAAAAUAUGAUGAUCAAUAUAAUCUAGUAUUUUCAAUGAAAAAUAAAAAAACCAAUGUUAUCAAUGAAAAAUCAUUGACAAAAUCAGUUGCUAAUUUUAUUGAUACAAAUGGAGUUGUUAAUCCAGAUCUUGUUGAAUCUUUUGUUGCAUCAUUACAUGAUAGUUUAACAAGUCAACGUAAAGAUAAAUAAAUAAUUCAUAAUUUCAUAAUAAUUAUUAUUACAAUUUUAUGUAAAAUAAAUUUAUUUUGUCAUUUAAAUUAUUGUUCAUCAUGAUUCAAAUAAAAAAUAUUACAAUGUAAUACAUAAUAAUAAUAAUAAUAAUACAUAAUA